GGGAUUUCUUUCUUUUACAAGGUUCUGAUUGGAUUUAUCAAUAGAUGAGUCAUGACUUCGUUAAUGUCUCCUCUGACGCCUGUGGCUGUGUAGUAGCUCUCCUCAAGUACAACCUCAAACUGCUGCAACUCGUGAAAACAGCCGUGCCAACAAAAUGCAAAAGCAAGUGGAGGUCAGGAUGGACGAGAGUCACUUGGAGCCGGUGGUCGACACCACUGAGAGCGCAUGCAGCAGCUUCUGCGACAAGAUCAUGAAAAACAUGGUUCUCACUCUAACAAUCCUCGGUGUGUUUCUGGGAUCUAUUGCUGGGAUGCUGCUGCGACACAUAUCGCCCCUUCCUCCCGAUGUUAUCAUGAUCAUUGCCUUCCCCGGGGAGAUCCUAAUGAGGAUGCUGAAGAUGCUUAUUUUACCUCUUGUUGUUUCCAGUCUAGUCACAGGACUUGCUGGUCUGGAUGCCAAAUCCAGCGGCCGCCUGGGCACCAGAGCCAUGGUGUACUACAUGUCGACGACGGUGAUCGCCGCCGUGCUGGGCGUGAUCCUGGUGCUGCUCAUCCACCCCGGGAACCCCAAGCUGAGGGCAAACCUCGGCCAGGGCAAGAAAAACGACGAGGUGUCGAGCGUGGACGCUUUCUUCGAUCUGAUCCGCAAUCUGUUCCCGGAGAACUUGGUGCAGGCCUGCUUCCAACAGAUCCAGACAGUCACCACCAAAGUACAGGUGCCCACAAACAGGACCAAAGCACCUCCGCAAUUCACUAUCAAAAGGUCGCUGCAGUUCAAGAGUGGGAUGAAUGUCCUGGGUCUGAUCGGAUUCUUCGUUGCUUUUGGAGUCAUUAUGGGGAAGAUGGGAGAGAAGGCCAAGCUGAUGUUGGAGUUUUUCAACGUCCUGAAUGAGAUCGUGAUGAGACUCGUUAGUGCGAUCAUGUGGUACUCUCCUGUCGGUAUCGCCUGCCUCAUCUGUGGGAAGAUCAUCUCCAUCGCCGACCUGGAGGUGGUAGCGAGGCAGCUGGGGAUGUACAUGAUCACCGUGAUCGUGGGCCUCAUCAUUCACGGGGGCAUUUUCCUACCGCUGAUCUAUUUUGUGAUCGUGAAAGAAAACCCCUUCAAGUUCUUCAUGGGAAUAUUCCAGGCUUGGGUCACCGCGCUCGGAACGGCAUCCAGCGCCGGUACCUUGCCUGUCACGUUCCGAUGCUUAGAGGAGAACCUCGGCAUCGACAAGAGGGUAACGCGUUUUGUCCUCCCAGUGGGUGCCACCAUCAACAUGGACGGCACGGCGCUUUAUGAGGCAGUGGCUGCCAUCUUCAUCGCUCAGAUGAAUGGCAUUGCGCUCGACUGGGGCCAGAUCAUUACUGUGAGCAUGACGGCUACGUUGGCCAGUGUCGGUGCAGCCAGCAUCCCCAGCGCUGGACUGGUGACCAUGCUUCUGAUCCUCACUGCGGUGGGUCUGCCCACUCAGGACAUCAGCCUUCUGGUGGCCGUCGACUGGCUGCUGGAUCGUUUCCGUACCUCUGUCAACGUUGUUGGGGACUCGUACGGAGCGGGCAUCGUGUAUCACCUCUCCAAACACGAGCUCGACAGCUUCGACGCCCAGCAGACACGGAUGGACGAGUUUGAGAUGGCUAAGACACAGUCCUUCUUUGAAAAUAACACCAACCAGAAUGUAUACGCUCACCACAACUCAAUCUUGAUAGACGACUGCAAGGUCACCAUGGGCAGAAAUGGCAAAACUGCAGAGUUCUCACUUGUUGAGGAAGAACCGUGGAAAUUCGAGUAAAAGCAGCAGGUUCAGACGCUCUCUGCACC